UCCAGACGCGACCCAGACAGACCUCGGCCCGGGGGCCCAGCCGUGAGAGCCGCGCCGUGAUUGGAUAAACGCCGCCGUCCUUUUGAGACUCGGACUCCUAUUGGUUGGAGCCGGACGAGACGCUCACGCGCACAAUGUCUACCCGCUUUUGUUAUUGUAGCGAGCGCGAGGAGAGCGGCAGGAUGCGCGGACGGAGACAGCGAGCCUGAUAGUCCGGUAUCGACUCCGAUAGACUCAAAUUAGAUGUUGGAGGGGGAAGGGGACGCGGAUUUCUACCUCUCCGUCCUUGUUCGGAAGACUGCCUUUUGCUAUUCUCUAACAAUACGACCGAUGUGUGAGUAUUUUUACAUAGCAGCAGGAUGUCCGUGAACCCUCCCAACAGUAAUGACGCCUGCCUCAGUAUCGUGCACAGUCUCAUGUGCCACAGGCAAGGAGGCGAAAACGAAGGCUUUGCCAAGCGUGCCAUCGAGAGCCUGGUCAAGAAACUGAAGGAGAAGAAGGACGAGCUGGACUCCCUCAUCACCGCCAUCACCACCAACGGAGUCCACCCCAGCAAGUGCGUGACCAUCCAGAGGACGCUGGACGGACGCCUACAGGUUGCCGGUCGUAAAGGUUUUCCUCAUGUAAUCUACGCACGGUUGUGGCGCUGGCCUGACCUUCACAAGAAUGAGCUCAAGCAUGUGAAAUUCUGCCAGUACGCAUUUGACCUCAAAUACGAUAACGUCUGUGUCAACCCUUACCAUUAUGAGAGAGUGGUGUCACCAGGCAUCGUUGGUCUCAGUCUUCAAAACACGGGUCCCACUGGUAGACUGAUAAAGGAAGAGUACAGCCACGACUGCAUUCAGAUGGAUGUUCCCCCAGGCCUUCCUCCCCAGCAGGACCACCAGGGGGCGAUGAAACUCCCUCCUCCAGACCACUACGGCCAGCCACUGCCUCCUCUACAGCUGCCUUCAGAACCCACGCGUGCACCCCCACCGGUCACCCUUUACUCCAAUAUGCCCCUCUCCCCCACUGCUUCAGGCUCUAUGAUGCCAAUGCAGGGAGGUCAUGGUGAAGGCUUACUACAGAUUGCAUCUCCUCAGGGUCAAGUCAUGACCCCUACACCUCCCCCCUCCACCCCCACACAUGGACCCCCACAGACCCCUGUCCCACCCCAGCCUCCACCAAACCAGAAUGGCUACAACAGCUCCAAACACUCCCAGACGCAAGGCUCCUUUCACACAACCUGGACAGGCAGCAGCACAGCCUCCUACACUCCUGUAGGACCCCAGCAAAAUGGGCGUGGCCACCAACCUCCUCUCCACCACCCACACUUCUGGUCUCAACAUCACAGUUCAGCGUCUUUCCCUCCUCCAGUCUCCAACCAUCCAGGUCCUGAGUUUUGGUGUUCCAUCUCGUACUUUGAGAUGGACGUGCAGGUGGGGGAGAUGUUUAAAGUGCUGUCCAGCUGUCCGGUGGUGACGAUUGACGGAUAUGUGGACCCCUCAGGAGGUGACCGUUUCUGCCUGGGUCAGCUUAGUAAUGUGCACCGUACAGACGCCAGUGAGCGGGCCAGGUUGCACAUAGGUAAAGGCGUGCAGCUGGAGUGUCGUGGAGAGGGUGACGUAUGGAUGCGCUGCAUGAGCGAUCACGCUGUCUUUGUGCAGAGUUACUACCUGGACAGAGAAGCAGGCCGAGCACCAGGAGAUGCGGUGCACAAAAUCUACCCAGGGGCCUACAUAAAGGUCUUUGACCUCCGGCAGUGCCACAGGCAGAUGCAGCAACAGGCGGCCACGGCGCAGGCAGCAGCUGCAGCGCAGGCCGCGGCGGUGGCAGGGAAUAUUCCAGGACCAGGAAGUGUUGGCGGAAUUGCACCUGCAGUCAGCCUCUCAGCGGCAGCAGGGAUUGGUGUGGAUGACCUCCGGAGGCUGUGCAUCCUGCGCCUGAGCUUCGUGAAGGGCUGGGGCCCUGAUUACCCCCGGCAGAGCAUCAAGCACACCCCCUGCUGGGUGGAGGUGCAUUUGCACCGGGCACUGCAGCUGCUAGAUGAGGUGCUGCACACUAUGCCACUGGCAGACCCUGGACCAGCUAACUGAGAGGGAACAAUACAUAGAAAACACUCACAACACAGAUACUGGACUCACUACAGUAAGCGUGCGAACCACAUUACGUGUUACAGUGUGGUUUGCGCUUUUAUCAGUCGUUAGAAUCCCAAUGAAAACACCACAGAAUUUCACUACUCUAAAAUUCAUGUUUUUGAAAGGUAUUUCAGUGCAUUUUAUUGUUCUAUAGUGUUGCAUUUCUUUUUGGGUGAAUCUCACAAAAACAUGUCUAGGUCAUAUUUCACUCCAAUAUAAAAAUAUAUAUAUAUUUUGCUUAAAGAGAAUGAAGCAUGUUUUAUUUUUAUUUUAUUUUUUUAUUGUGACAUUAUUUUUAAUUAAUUAAGCACAUUUCCCCACAAAUUUACAUCAUUGAAAUGUUUCCAAAUGUUUUAUUUUUAAGUUUAUGCAAUGGUGAUUCUAAAGAGUAUUGCAUCUUUUUAUUUAAAAAAACAAAACUGUAAUACAGUGAUUUUGUUUUAUUAACAUCAAUGUAAAUUAAAGGCAGUCCAACAAAUACGGCAAUGUAACUUGUUACAAUGUAACUACAAUGUACAAAUACUUAAUUUAAAUAAUAUAAAUAUAUAUAAAAUCAUAUAUCAUAUGUCAUGAUUUUUUAUAUAUAUGUAUUUAAUGAGAAUUAGAAGGGAUAUACUUGAUUAUCAUGAAAAUAAUGUCGUAAUGAAGGAAUCUAAAAUAAGUUUCACUUUAUACAAAAUAUCUGUUUCUAUUUCUUUCUCUUGAUUUUAUGGUGAAAUAUGAUCUUGACAUGUUCUUGAUGGGAUUCGUGAGAUUCAUCCAUUCAAAUUAGAUGUAUAUACCUUAGCGCUACAGGUCUACUAAUGAAUGCAAGUUUACACAGGGUUGAUUGCAGAUUAAGUUCAGGGAAAUAGCUUUAUUGUUCAUAUGCCUUUCUAGCUUUGCACAUCAUGCAGUUAUACUAAGAAUAUUAGAGCCUAAUAGUUUUUAACAAGAAAUUCAUUUAUGGGUCAGUGUCUGAACAUAAAACAAAGCGCAAAAAACUGCCGUUUUUGCAAUGGCUUUGGUUCCGAAAAGUAUUUUUGCCAUUCACUUGCUCCAUAAGGGUUCUGAGCCUUGAACCAAACCAAAUAGCUACAAAAAUAUGCAUUGUGAAUUUAAAUCAGCUUGCAUACUAUGUAUUUGAAGUUUAUUGCAAAAUAUUUGUUCAUAUGUUCAAGUAUUUACUAGAUUGAGAGUGUAGCGAGAUUGACUUGAAUCUUUGUGGAGAAAACGAAUGGUGUUUUUACUUGCGGAACCAUUGUGUUGUGCUCUAUUAGACUCUGGUAUCACACACAUACACACAACACGAUACAAGUGAGGAAGAGACUGUUCAACCUCUAACCAUAAAAACUCAGAAUAUCUUGAGAUCCACGGGUUUGGUAGCACUAAAUGCCUCAGAGCAAAUGUAUAUUGCUAUGUUGGCGCUGGUCACUUCAGGAACCGUUCGAAAGGAUCAGCUGAUGUAGAUGCAAACCUGCCUCUGAGAGACAAACUGUACCAGACAGAUAACAGGACAAACUGUCAAAACAAAACGCUCAUCAUCUCUGUGAUUGUGCUGUGUUCCUCUACAUGUGGACCUCAACUCAGCUAUUACGCGGCUUACUAUCCAGGCAUCUUAUUAGUUAGACUUGCAAUAGCCUUCCAGCUCCUUUAUUUUCAUACCAAAAAAAAAAAAAAAAAAGAAGAAGAAGAAGAAAAAAAAACAAGCCUGAAUUGUUCAACUUUAAAAUGGUGGUAUUAGUAUUGUGACGCAGUUCGGUGUUUGUAACCAAAUCAUUUGCCAUGUGGUGUAACUCACCAAAGCCAGAAUACCUCAUGAUAAUCAAGCAUGAACCCAGUGGAUUUUUCUUUAUGCCAAAAUGUGUCUGGAAUCUUCUACUUUCCAGACGUCAUGCUCACCUCAUACUUUAACCAAAUCAAAACAGGGCGUGUCUUGAACCGAAUGUAGAGCCUUGAUGCACCGACUGACCAAUUUCAAACAACGGGUUUUUGCCAACACCAGUUACUCAGCUUUAGCAUUUAUCUCGCCCAGCAACUCUUGUCUGGAUUGUGAGCAAAAUUCAGUCAGUCAGCCCCAUACUACUAUAACCUUUUGCAAACGGGUAGAACAUCUAAACUUCAAACUUUGAGCAUUAAACAUUAUUGUUUUGCUGCCUUCCCAAAUUGAAAUAUCUAUAUUUUCUGUACACUUACAGGAAAUUAUGCAUUUAUUGAAAGACCCUUUGUAUUGGUUUAUUUAGUAUGAAUAUCCAAUACAAAUGCAAAUCUAAUAAUAAAAGUUGAACCUCAUUAUAGUAUGUUAAAGUCAACAUGAAAUCAAAAUUCAUCCUGUUUACUUUUGCUGAACUUUUCUUCUAUUCAUCAAAGUAUCCUGAAAAUAUGUGUAGAUAUUUUAAAUUACAAUAAUAUUUCAAAAAUGUUCUGUUUUUUACAGAACCCCUAUGGGGACCUGGUGAUGCCAAAAAAAAAAAAAAAAAAAAAGUAAGAUGGGAAGAAAAAUUAUAUUUCAAUGCUUUUGCGUUUGCUUGUAGAUCUUUUUCUCUGAGAAACUUUGUGUUCACUAACAAAAGCACUGAAGUGUACACUGUAAAAAAAUCCCCGUAAAAUUUACAGUAAAAAAAAAUGGCAGCUGUGGUUGCCAGAACUUUACCGUAAAAAAUACGGUAGCAACAUUUUAGGUUUUACAGGACAGCGACAGCACUUAGUUUACUGUCUUUUUUUUACAGUUCAAAACCGUAUAAUUUAAAGGUUUAUAUUGUAAUAAUUACAGUUCAUAACUGUUUAUUUUACACACUGUAAAAAAAUUCUGUUAAGUUUACGGUAAAACCCCCAGCAGCUGUGGUUGCUAGAAAUUUACCGUAAAAAAUAUAGUAGCAACAUUUUAGGUUUUACAGAUUUAACUUAAAUUUACAUGAAAAAAACACAUUUCAUUAACUGAUAUAAUGUUAAUUUACCAACCUAUUGAAGUACUAAUAUCUGUUUUGUACCUUUUGUAAUACACUGACAACCAUCAAACAGUAAUGAUGAGAGUCACAUGAUGAAUCAAAGCUCAUCACAAUCAGCUUUUCCAGAAGCUGAGAAGGACAAUACUAAUAUAUAGAAGGUGCACACAGUGUCAUUCACACAAACACUAAACGCCAUCAUGGUAACAAAAAUGCAAUAAACAUUAAUUUAACAACAUUAGAUGUAACAUAAAACCCUAAUUUACAUAACUGAUUAGAAAAAACAAAGAAGAAACAGAGUUAUUUCAACAAAAAUGCAUCAAAUGUGAAGUGUCAUGCAGGGAAUUGUGGGAAUGUCAAUUUACAGUUUUUCACUGUAAAUUAUAACAAUGACUUAUUUUUCACUUCCGAAAACUGUAAAUUUAACGGUAUUUUACUGUAAAAUUACAUUAAAUGCACAGUUAGAUCUAUUACAGGUAUUCACCAUAUAUAGUACGGAAACUUUCUGUAAACCAAUUAACUGUUUUUCACCGUAGCAUUUUUACAGUAUUUUACCGUUAAAAGUUUUUCCUCCGACAUUAUAUUAUUUCCAUCACAAAAGUUUUGCGAGUGAAUGCAGAGUUUCUCGGGGGAACACAAAAGUUUUGCGAGAGAAUGCCAAAGCAUUUAAAAAAUAACUUUUCCUCGCAUCUUUCUUUCUUUCUUUUUUACCAUCACCAUGUCCCUUUAGGGGCUCUGUAGUUUUUACUGUAUUUUUGAUCAAAUAAAUGCUGCCUUGGUGAGCAUUUUUAACAAGACUUUGUAACGCCCACUUUUUACAGUAUUACAGUAUUUGGCUGUAAAAUAUGUUACGUUACAGAAGUAAAUGGGUUGUGAAUGCCAUUUCAUGUUGACUUUAAUCAGAUCCUCGCUAUUUUUUGUGCUUGACAAGUGUUAGCUGUGGUUAGUCACAACUCAAAAGAAAAUAUUUAGUAGAGGAUUGUAUGAUAUUCUGCGUUCCCAGUAUAGUUUCCACAGUAAUAAUCUUUGUGCCUUUCCCUUUGUGCUCCUUUGUUCAUAGAUAGAUUUUAAAAAUGACUAAAAGCCAGUUAUUCUCACGUCGAUUAUAAACUUAGCAAACCUUCUAUUGGUCUGAAAUAUUCCAGUAGUUUUAAGCAAUGAAAUACGUCAGGGAUGUUUUAGUCGUCUUACAGUCAUAGAGUGUUUUCGGGUUUCAAACAUGACGUUUGUAAAUUGGGCGAUGCAAAAGAUGCAAAUUCUUCAUCUGCAGGGUUGUUCACAUCGGCUCAGGUCACGUUAAGAAUUAUGAGCCUUUCGGGAAAUUUAUUGUAAAGCAUAAUGCCUUGUUUUCUUUCUUUUUCUUGAACGUCAGAUGCUAUAAAACAUUGAAUUUAGAUGUCAGGUACACUCAUUGUUUUGAUGAGUGCCUUUGUGCUGGAUUUCAUUGGAUACGUGUUACAUAUACAUACACUGCAAAUUAAAGGCUGAUUAAAGUAAAGCUGUAGUUUUAAUACAAAUUUCAAAGGCACUUUGCAAUGUACGCAAUCAGUGUUGAGUUAUCUUUAAACCGGUAUUCUAUCUUGAGGUCAUUUUGGAUGAAAUAGAUUUAAGCUCUCGCAUUACACAUCCGAUACACAUAAUAACAUAUUUGUUGUAUUUAAAAAUAGAAACAUUUAUAACAAUAGACUUAGACAGGUAUCUAAAUGUCAUUAGCAACUUCAGUGCAUAGCUUGAUUAGAAUUACAGGUAUGAUUCGAAAUAUUUUGUUGGUUUAAAGAGUUUGCCAAAAAUAUCACCAGUGUUGGGUAAGUUACUCUAAAAAGUAAUUAAUUACUAGCUACUAAUUACAUCUUCAACAGUGUAAUUAGAUUACUGUACUAAUUACUCUCUCCCAAAAAGUAUUGCAUUACUUAUUAUUAAUUACUUUUUACUAAUUACUUUCUAAAUCCCAUAUCAACCUUGACCAGUUGAACAAUACAAGGAUUGACAUGAAACAGCUCUUGAACUGCAUUUAAAUGGAGAAGGUUACAUUAAAAAACAUACAUUUUAACAUUAGACAUUAAAUUAUGAUGUUAAAUCCACUAUACUUUUAUAUAGAAUUGUUCUAUAGUUUAUACUGUAUUUAAUGCAAUUACAUCAGAAGUAACUGUAAUUAAAUUACAGAAAAAAUAAGAGUAAUCUCUAAUACUUUUUAAAGGGGAAAAGUAAUUAAAUUACAGUAAUUAAUUACUUAGUAAUGCAUUACACCCAACACUGAAUAUCACAUGGUCCUCAGUCAUUGUAUGGUUUAUUUUGCCUUAAAAACAGAAAAUAUGUUACAAUCGACCCCAAAUGUCAUUGUGACAGACGUGCGGUUACUAUUUUCACUGAAGAGUAACUUCACUUUACUUCUCCUUCAUUAGCUACUGUGUUCUGUACUGUAAUUUAGACUUUCUUUCAUUGUAUCAAAGGUUUAGAACAUAUUUUUAUUCAAGUCCAGCUUUUUUUCUCAAAAAUAUGUGGCCUAGCCCCUUGUAACACUUUAACUUCUAGAAUUUGUGUGUUUCCACUGAUGGGCAUACUGUAUUGUGUAAGGUUACUACAUGAUGAAAGCCAACAUGUAUGUCAGUAACAUGACAAUCACCCAACUGGAAGUCAAAUCAACAGCAUUCCAUAUAUGAAACCUAUUUCUUACAAGUAUUUAUCAGUAUGUUAUCCAGUGUGAAUAUAUUUGAAUUGACUAUUUUAUUGAUAUUGUCAUUUCAAUUCUUGUUGUUAUUAUAAUUAUUCUAUUGUUAAAGGACAUUCUGCUCCUGUAUGUUGACUGUACACCAAAGUAAAAAAAAAUCAUUUUGAUACA